AUGUCUGACAUCACCAAGGCGUUCACUUUUCUACAAGACACUAUACCACAAUGGCUCCGGGACAUCAACAACGUAGAAGAGAGGGUCUCCAACAUGCAGCAGGAGAUCGGCAGGGUCUCUGUGUCGACAUCGCCGUUCGGAAAGGGCAAAACAGGAUCCAUGGAGUCGACACGACCCGGGAAACUGGACCCUGUCGCCGAAGAGACCACACCGUCGAAACCUACAAUGCCUUUUAACCAGCUUGUUAACCGCAAACGCAAGUCGCCCUCGGUCACUUCUGGCCGUGCCUCUGGACCCACGAGAUACCGCCCCAAGACGAUGGUCGUGGUCAGCUAUGACGGCGACAUGCAAAAGACGUUCGAGCUGCUUGUACGCGGACUGGCAACAGGGCGCAAUAUGCUGAGGAAGGCUAAGAUGGAGGCUAAGAUGGCCGAGUUGGCUGCCAUUGCCGGCUCAAGCGAGGAUGAGGACGAUGAUGAGGAAGAUGAUCAGGAAGAACACAUCAUGUCGAAGAUCAGCUAUCGGCCGCAGAUGGCAUCGUUACGUAUGCGUGCCGCGGCCAGGAGAGGUCGAGGUGGAGCCGGCGGCCCAACACCCCCAGCAGAGCUCUUCGAGACUACAGAUAGGACAUUGGAGCAAGCGCAGGAGCUGUGCGAGAAGUCAGCCCACCUCACUCUGCGAGAAGGGGACUGCAGAGCCGAGCUGAAGCUUGCCCAUGUGCAUCUUGAGAACGUUCUGUCGACAGCGAAGAUGGAAAUCAUGAAGUGCGCUGCAAGCCAAACGCAGCCUACACAAACAUGUCAAGACCAAGACACGUCGGACACAUCCGUGUCAACGAUAGAGCCGUCUUACAAGCGGCACUUCCCAAGCAUAUCAGCACCCAGACCGGUCAUGGAGCCGGAAGCAAAGCUGGAACCCGUCACCACACAGUCGAAUCUUCAUGCUCCAGUCGCAACCUCAAUCAAAGCACCGAAGACGAUGGACAUCGAGGUCGACGACGAUGAUGAAGAAGAUGAAGAUAUAGACUUCGUCAUGCCGCCUGUGCGCUUCACCUCACGGCGAGCUGCCCGCGCCUGA